CCUGGUCUGUCUCCCGUUAAUUCUCCGAACCCUCAACGACAAAUAAGCGAGGGACGGGAGCUCGCUGGAGGGGAGAAGGCAUGGACGGGUCCAGCGGCGUCUGAAGACGAAAAAGAAAUCGCGAAGCUUGAUGAUUUAGGUUAAAUCCAUCCAAUGCCCGUAUCUAUGAUAUCUGAGGUUUAAGUUCUAUUUUGUUAGGAUGGUGGAACACUGGGGGUCCAAAAUUUAAACCAAAUGCACUACUAGAUUGGCAUUGAUCUGCCCCCAAAAGCUUAUGAUAAUGGCUUGUGAUGUUCUGAAGUGUGUAAUAGCGUCAUUGUAGUAGGUAGUAGAAAAAUAACCGUUGUGGACAGGCAAAGGAGUUUCCGCCAGCUUGAUAUAUUGAUCUUUUCCUACAAUGCAAAACCUACCGAGAAUAAUUUCAUAUUUCUCUAAGAAAACUCUGGUCCAACAAUAUCCCUUUGGACACCAUUCCCAUGCUCCAAUUUUUCCUUUUUUUCUCUCUCUUAGUAGACUGCAUUUUGGUGUCAAUAGCAACCUGUCCAUGUUGGGGGGUAGAGAACUGGAUUCAGUCCCAAGGAAUUUCAUAAAAUGGGUAGCUUUAGGGUUUAGCCGAGGGUCCAAAUUUGCUACUGGCUUCACCCCAUUGCAGUGGAAGCCCCUUGAUUCCAUAAUUGACAUUGAGAAGGCCAAAUUCCAAUCACCAGAGGACCUUAUUUCUGUAUGGGAUGAUUAUCAUCUGGGAAGAGGUCAUAUUGGUACAGCCAUCAAAGCACAAUUGUACCAUGCCUUAGAUCAAAGAUCUAUAUCCUGCCGGCAUUUUGUUAUUCCAUUGUGGAGAGGGAGUGGCUAUACGAAUAUGUUCAUUCAAGUACAGAUGCCCAACAUGCUCUUCACCGGGCUUGAGGAUUACAAGGCAAAAGGAACUCAAGCCAGCCCUUAUUUUACUGUCACCCAUUAUACAGAGUUUGCAGAAAGCAAAGGUAUAGUUCUCAUUCGAGGGGACGUCGUGCUUCCGAGCAAGCUCAGUGACUCGGAGGCAAGGUGGCUUCUAGAAACUGCUCAAACCUUCUACCUCAAUGAUGUCAAGUACAGGCUUGUGGAGAGGUUCAACAAAGAAACUCACGAGUUUGAGUUCAAUGAUGUGCUGAGAGCACUAGAAAUGCCUGUUUUAUGAGUAUAAUUUUGCCACAUUUUGAGGAGAAAUUAUUGUGCUUACACUGAACGUCAUUCAGAGACUAAUCAGAAUGCGCUACGUGACCCUACGUCACAUCCUGCUCGGUAUCCAGUUUGGUACUACUCGAUAAUGCGGCUUUGUACUUGGCUCGGUAUUACUGUCGUGGCGCAUUCUGAUUGGUCUUCGGAUGGUAAACUACGUUUGGCAUCCGCACAGAAUAAUUUCUCCAUUUGGAGGCGCCUGUGUUGAUGCAAGGGCAAUAAAUAUACAACAAUAAUUUUUGACCGUUAACAGAGGAAAAGGUCCUCUUAGAAAGCUGUUUCUGUUUGUUUUUGUGUUUGUCACUUUUGUUAAUUUACUAUUGUUAUUUGCAUGCAACUGUGGAUUUAUUCAUUUAUGAUUUGAUUGUCGCUCAUCUAUAUAUUUUUUAGGUGAGCUGAAUU